AUGCUCUUGGUCCUGCUGCAAGCCGAUCCCAGCCUCGCGCCGUUUCCCGUGUCCCUCCGCCCAUCGCGGCCGCCGCCCGCCCGCUUCGCCGUCCCGUGCCUCUCCGACCGUGACUCGCUUCUUGCCAGAAAGCCGCCGGAGAUUGUGUACGCCGCCAACGCCGCCACCAAGUGGCUGGUAGUCGCCGCUCAGACCUCUGCCGUCGCGCUGCGCCGCGACCUGGUCAGCCCGUACAUCGUCGUCGGCGCGAUCGGCGCCUCGUUUGCGACGCAGCGGCUCAAGCGCGCCAUCAACCAGGCACGGCCCGCCGGCGCCCCAUUCACAGACCCAGGCAUGCCAUCCUCGCACGCGCUCAUCCUGGUCGGAGGCGUGCUCGGCAGCGCGGCCGGCGGCGGGUGGCUGGCGCUGGGUGGCUGGCUGAGGGGCCGCCUCCCGGCUCGAUUGCUGGCGGUGGCGGUGUGGUCUGCGUAUGCCGGCGGCUCGGCGCGUGCGCUCUUCAUCGGGGUGAAGAUGGCGCGCUGGGUGGGCGGAGACCUCGACGAGGGUAGGAUGGAGGAGGAGGGGCCGCCGGGCAGCGCGCGAGACGACUGA